AUGGAUUUUAAAAAGAAAUUGCAUGAUAUCUAUCCAAGCUUGGAUGACGGUCAAGGAGUGAAAGACAUGACUGACGAUAACUACUGGGAUACAACGCUUGCGGCUUCAGGAUCUUGCAACUGCCCUUGUCGAGAUUUGGAAUUUGAUAGACCAUCAAAAGGAGGAGCAAAAGGCGUUGAGGAGGAAGUGUUGAGGCUAGAGAAACUCAAAUCAAGUAAUGUGAUAGAGCAGGUCCUCAAUAAGAGGUUGGAGCUAGAUGAGACAUGCUGGACAACACAUUUGGUCUUGGAAGCACAGACUGCUGCUAAAUAUUCCAAUGAAGCUGUGGCAUCCGGGGUUGAAGACCCGGUGCAUCUAUUAGAAGAGAUUGAGCUUGAUAUUGCAAUGGUUAAAGAGGGGGCCUUUAGCAGGAAGCAUAUGCUUGACAAGGUGGAGAGGCGGUUGACUGCAUGUGAUGAAGAGGCCUGACUUGAGGAGUACAACAGGGAUGAAAAUAGUUACAGUUCCGGAAGAGGAGUCCACCUAUCCCUUAAGCAUGCUGAGAAAGCCCCCGUCAUGGUUAAGAAAGUUCCUGUAAGGAUGGUUGAGACAUCGACUUCAAAGAUCACGGCUUGGGAGAAAGAAAGAGGAACUCCAUUCUUUUAUGAUGGGGAAAGACUUCUUUCUAGGCCUGAGCAGUACAGCAGUCUAAAGAAAGAAAAGGAACACGACAGAAUCAGGCUAAGGGACCGGAAGAAACGUCGGGCACAGCUGAUUGCAGAGCAGGAAGUCUUUUUCCGGUCAAAACCAAGUCCAUCACAGAGCGGGAGGAAGCCUUCUAGAACUUCCAUGGGAGUUGCGAGUCGAAAACUCUCUCUUGGUAGAGCAAUGCUUCGAAACUCCAAAGCUGAAAAAAAAAAAUCUCCUCUUGUGAAUCCAGACAAAAAGGGCAAUGUCUUAGACCGAUGCAAAUCUUCAAGACACGGGCUAUACGGUGGUUUUGCUUCUUAGUUCUCUGGUAAAUCUUUGUACAAAUUGGAUUUUUUCUUCCUGCAUGACAGUACUGGGAUCUACAAGAAUAUUAUCCUAUUUUGAAUGUUAAAUUGAUGAAUGGUUCCUGGCAUUCUCAGCUGGAAGAACCGACUGUUUGGUCAGUUGCAAGCAAGACACUUCAUUAGUUUGCUACUUGAGAGCCAUAAGCCCACAACACACUAAUCAUUUCGAAAUUUCCCGUUUCGAAUCUUUCUAUUCUUCACUCUUCAAGUUGUGCAGAACUUUGUAGGUAGGAGAAACUCGGAGAUUUUUGGUCAACUAGUCAAGAAGCUCCCCUCUACUG